AUGAAGCAGCUCGGCGCAGUCCUCACUACACAGGAGGGAGGCUUCAAAGUCCUGUUCGAGCGCGCCUCGAACUUAGAGGUUGCUGCCAAGGGGACUCGCAGCCCCACGGUCAUCUCAGCUAUCAACGAGAUAUUGGAGGUAGUCAAGGGCUUCCAAGGAAGUAGGAAGGAGUUAAUCUCUGCCUUCAACUCGGCGACAGGGCACAUGAAAUCUUACGUGACCAGAGACCGAGCGGUACCUCCCUCCCUCUGCUGUGCCGCAACACAGACGGGUGCAAUGGACGUCUUGGAGGAUAAGCGGAAAUGUGCGACAACCACGGACGCUGCCUCCAACACCGACGCCCCCCUACCGUCACCACCGUCAGAGAAGGGGCCAAGGGCCCAGGAACCGGCUAGCCAACAGCAGCAACCGCAGCCACGACGCAGGCGAAAAAAACACCAGCAGCAGCAGCACCAGCUUCGGAAAAGGCCCAACAAGGAACAGCAGCAGCAACAACAACCUCGGGUAGAGUCGGAGCAACCAAGCCAGGCAGCAGAUCACGACCAACAGCAGCAGCCAACAUGGAGUCAGGUGGCGAGAAGGACCAAGAAGUCAAAGAAGGAAGAUCCCCCCCCCGCAAAAAAGGUGCAACCCACGGCUGCGGAAAGGAUUGCCCUACUUCAGCGCAGGGUCCCAAAAACAGCGGCGGUCACCAUCGAUCGCCCUGGCGACGAUGGUUCACUAGUCGCUGUGAUGAGGAAAGUGUCCAGUUCAAUCAACCUCGCAUCGCUCGGCGUCAGCGUAUUGACAACGAGAAAGACAAGAGCUGGCGGUAUACUACUCGAGGUUGACGGGAUCGAGAAAGCCUCUCUUCUGGCCGACAAAAUCCGGUCAGUAAUUGGGGACACGGCUAGGGUCAGGCUACCCGAACCCCGGACUCCCAUCCUGUUACUGGGCAUCCCAGAAUGGGUGGAGGUCGAAGAGGUUCUAGAAGGACUCGUGCGAGCUGGAAUCAUGGGGAUCGCAGCCGGAUAUGUUAGAAUUCAGAGAAACGCUGGUGGCCGGGGUGAGUACGUAGCCAGCCUAACCCUGCCUCUCAAGGACGCGAUUCAGCUGGCGGAAACAAAGGCAGUUGUCAUAGGGUGGACGAAAUGCAGAGUCAAGCUGAUUGAAAAAAACCAGCCCACCUGCUACCGAUGCCAAGGAAAAGGCCACCUCGCCGCUGAGUGCCGCAAUGAUGCAAAGCCCCGCCGCUGUCACAGGUGUCAAGAUGAGGGCCAUCUUGCGAGGGACUGCAUGCAACUCCCGCGGAGACAACAGACUGAUAGCGCACGGCAACAGAACCAGCAGAAGUCCACAGUAUCCCAGGAGGGGAAUACGCAGCGGCUGGAGGAGUCGCCAGGGGUGCAGCCGAUUGAACAGCAAUGA